AUGGAGGAGGAGGAGAAGACUGCAAUGGAGGAGGAGGACAAGACUACAGAGAAGAAGACUGCAGGGCGUCAAACAGUUCCUUUGGUAAAACUUGAAUGGCCAGAAGAUCGCUACGCUACAUUCUCCGAGCGUCGCUCGGGGUUAUAUAAAAAAUCAAGUAAAGUGGUUGGAGAAUGUGGCAUAGAUAUAGGAAUAGCUCUUUUUUCGCUGGCUGGUAAUCCAUUUUCUUUUUUUCACCCAACGCCUAAUCUAAUCUUAGAUCAUGUUAAGAAUCCUAACAUAGAAUUGAGCAAAAGUACAAAAUUUGUUGUUGUAUAUGCACCAAAUAAUGUAAACCAAACCAACAAUAGGAUUAAUGAGAAUGAGACAAUAGAAAAGGCUGCAAAAAGUCAAAUGUUUUUACUUGAACAAUUGAACAAGACUAGACAUAUAGACUUGUGGGAAUGCAUUGACCAGUUCAAUGCAAAUGAUAUAACUAAAUGUGAAGCUUGGUUAAAGGGCAUUAUCUUUGGAUUGGAAAAUCGUUUAAAACAAUUAGAGAAGAGAGCUUCAUCUUCAUCACAAGCACUUCUAGAUAAUGCACAUAACUCAUCUAGCGCUUCAAAUGAAUAA